UAAGGUUUCUGUGUGCGGCAACUCAAGGUACUCCCAAGGUAUUCCCAAAUCCUGCGUAAUCUAAUAGAGAAUUUCUUAAGACUGUUUGCCGACUUAGAAAAGUGUUGUAUAUAGUCAAAUACGUAAGAUCGCGACGUAUAUUUAAGCGCGGCUUAUCGUCGCGCAGCCUCGAGCCGCAGCCGAUGGUGGACCGAACAGGGAACUCUACCUGCAAGCGUCUUCACGGAUAGGCCGUUACAAGAUAUCACGCCGACGAUCCUACAGUUUACUUGGAUUAGUUCGUUCACCACGACGAUUUUUUCCAAGUAGUACGAACGGAGUUCACCAUGUCUUUCGUAUCCGGACCAAGUCAUGCAGCUUACACGUGGGCAGCACAAGGAGGCGGAUUUGGUAAUCAAACAGUGGUCGACAAAGUGCCACCGGAGAUGCUCCACAUGGUCGAUGUUCACUGGUACCAAUUCCCGCCGAUGAAUCCUCUGUGGCAUGGACUUCUUGGUUUCGCCAUCGGCGUCCUUGGCACAAUAUCUAUCAUUGGUAACGGCAUGGUGAUAUAUAUAUUCACCACCACCAAGAGUCUUCGCACUCCGAGCAACUUGCUCGUCGUCAAUCUUGCCAUCUCUGAUUUCCUCAUGAUGUUGUGCAUGUCUCCAGCUAUGGUAAUCAAUUGCUAUUAUGAGACUUGGGUGCUAGGACCUUUGUUCUGUGAAUUGUACGGCAUGGCGGGCUCCCUGUUCGGGUGUGGCUCCAUAUGGACGAUGACGAUGAUCGCAUUCGAUAGGUAUAACGUAAUUGUCAAAGGCUUGUCUGCUAAGCCAAUGACCAUUAAAGGCGCCCUCAUUCGUAUAUUCGCUAUUUGGCUCUUCACGAUACUUUGGACAAUCGCCCCACUGUUCGGAUGGAAUCGCUACGUGCCCGAAGGCAACAUGACUGCCUGUGGUACCGAUUACUUAACCAAGGAUAUAGUAUCCAGAUCGUACAUCCUGUUCUAUAGCAUCUUUGUCUACUUUAUGCCGCUGUUCCUCAUCAUCUACAGCUACUUCUUCAUCAUUCAAGCGGUCGCCGCUCAUGAGAAGAACAUGCGUGAGCAAGCGAAGAAGAUGAACGUCGCUUCUCUGCGAUCCGCCGAAAACCAAAGCACCAGCGCCGAAUGCAAAUUAGCGAAGGUAGCUCUCAUGACUAUCUCCUUGUGGUUUAUGGCGUGGACUCCGUACCUAGUCAUCAAUUUCUCAGGCAUUUUUGAGACAACCAAAAUCAGUCCGCUCUUCACAAUUUGGGGCUCUCUCUUUGCCAAAGCCAAUGCUGUGUACAAUCCCAUUGUGUAUGGCAUCAGCCAUCCCAAGUAUCGAGCUGCUCUCUUCCAAAGGUUCCCAUCUCUGGCGUGUGCCUCCGAGCCGGCGCCUGGCGCGGACACAAUGUCCACGACUACCACGGUUACAGAAGGCGAAAAACCUGUCGCAUAAAAUAAUGAUUUUUUUGACGAUGGAAUACAUUUACUAAAUGGAUGUAAAUGGAUCUGAAAUAUUAUUAUAUUCUCGUCAUACA